CUGUUCGGCGAUGUGAUAAUAAUUUUGGUUUUUUUUACACAACACGUUUAGCGCAAAACAAAAUCCUGCAUUUGUGAAUAAAAAUCUAUAUAAAAUAGCAAAGAUGUCCGUGCUGCCCAACGCCGGAAACAAUGAAUCGCCGGUGACGGCGCCCAAAAUGUUUGGCGAUCCGGAUUUGGAUCGCAUGGCGAUGGAGUACGUCGGAAACAUGCAGCGCUACCGCGAGAACAUCAUAAUCCCCAAGGGCAACGGCCCGGUGAAGAUCAAGACCAACGAGGAGAAGUUCAUCGAAACGGUGGUGGAGAGCUGUGGAUUCAAAUGCACCAUGGCCUGUGUGAUGGGCUAUGGCUUGGGUGCAGCUUUGGGUUUGUUCAGCGCCUCCGUUAAUCCCAACAUGGCCGAUCCCUUCGCGAAUGAGAAGAAGCAGACGGCCAGGGAAGUGUUCCGCGAAAUGCGCUCCACCACCCACUCCUACGCGAAGAAUUUCGCGCUCAUCGGCUGUGUGUUCUCCGCCGUGGAGUGCACCAUCGAGAGCCAUCGGGGCGUCACGGACUGGAAGAAUGGCACCUACGCCGGAGGCAUCACUGGCGGACUGAUUGGAUUGCGUGCUGGCGUUAAGGCGGGCAUCAUCGGCGGCCUGGGAUUCGCCGCCUUCUCCACGGCCAUCGACUACUACAUGCAUUCUAGAUAGGCUCAUAUUCUUCGGUUCCCUUGUUUCGUAGUAAAUGUUUGUUUCUAACUAACGACUA